AUAAAAAUAACAAUUAUCCUGAGAUAGCAACUUUUUAAUUUUGGCAAUUGCAACUUCUGUUUUAUUUAGUACGGUGCUUAGAGUUUUUCUACUACAUCAGUUUCUUGCCAAUUAAUGAUUCCACAAAAUACUUUAACAGUGCAUACCCUAGGUUAAUCAGAAAUAAUUUGUCUUCAACUAGUUUGAACUGAAAUCAAUAAUGAAUAUAUUUUUAUUAAUAAUUAGUUUGUUGCUAAUUCAAUCGUCAACGACCCAAGGAAAGAGUAACAAAAAAAGCAAAGGGAAAAUAGAGAUAAAGAAUGGUCCUGUGGAUCAAGAUGUUUUUAGUAGAAACUUAGUAGUACAAAAUCCUAGAACGGCCGAUAUUAUUCGAGAAUCAGGUACUUACUAUUCUAAUACAACUCGUCGACGAUUUCAUGGCGAAGUUCUAGGAUACAUUACACCAUGGAAUAACAAUGGAUUAAAAAUUGCCAAAAUAUUUCAUGGAAAAUUCACAAUGGUAUCGCCCGUAUGGUUGUCAUUUCCAGAAGGCAAUGAUUCAACGUAUAAACUUUCAACGAAUAACGUUCAAGAGAAAUGGUUGAAAGAAAUGAGAUCAUUAAAGAGAGAAGACCACUCUGUAAAAAUUUUACCAAGAGUAUUAUUUGAACAUUGGUCAGCACCUGCUAUUACUGGACUGUUCAGUAAUAAGGAGAAGCAGAAAGAAGUAAUUAAAGCAUUGGUAGAUACAGCAAAGCACUUCCGCUUUGCUGGAUAUGUAUUGGAACUGUGGAAUCAAUUUGUAUUAACAAGUCACGAUCCCCUGAGUGUUGUAAACUUUAUCCAAAUUAUUGCUCGUGAAUUAAAGAACAAUAAUUUAGAUACUAUUCUGGCAGUACCACCUUCAAUGGGCCCAAAAGUUCAACUGUUUAACAAAGACCACUUUGACCGGUUAUCACCAUACUUGAAAGCAUUCUCUUUAAUGACUUAUGAUUACUCAAGUAUUCAGCACCCUGGACCUAACAGUCCUCUGCAUUGGGCAAGAGAAUGCGUAGAAUUAUUAGUGCCUGAGCCAGGCCCUAAGAGAAGUCAAAUAUUGUUAGGUCUCAAUUUUUAUGGAUACAAUUACACGCCCCAAGGUGGAGGAGCAAUUUUAGGUUCAGAUUAUUUGAGAAUUCUUGAGUCUAUUAAGAAAAAGAUUCAAUGGGAUGAGAAUAAUAAAGAACACUACUUUGAAGCAAAGUCGUCAGACGGGAGUGGAAUUAUAUUUUAUCCCACGUUAUAUUCCAUUUUACAACGACUGGAUCUCGCAGAUCAAUUGGGUACAGGCUUAUCAAUAUGGGAACUUGGCCAAGGCCUGAAUUAUUUUUAUGAUUUAUUGUAAUUCUUUUUACAUACAUUUCAAAUGUAUUUAUUACUUGAACAAUAAAGAACCGUAUACACGUGCAAAUAAAUAUUCAGUCUUAAAAUUA